UGUUGUGAAACCCCACCACGUCCACUAGGUGACAGUAUCGCAUUGUUUUAUGUGUAGAGCUGUCUUAAGCCAAGAAGAAGAAUAAACGGAAGCCUCUCGUACACGGAAACAGAAAUUAUUUUGUUUUGCUUUUUUUUUUUUUUUUUUUUUUGCCUCUGGCUGCUGGGAAUAAUCUGUCGCGCCGGUAAAAUUUAUCAUUGUCAUAACGGUCAAAUUCAACGGUGUGCUGAGAUGGAUGUCAGCAUUGCCGUCUCUCUGAUACGAGGCCAGAUGGGCACCGUGGUGGAGCAGGCGGUGAACGGAGCCGUGGAGACAGUCUUGGCCGAGAUGCUGAAGGUAGUGGGAGUGAAAUUUGAGGAGCUGAAGGCACAGCUGGCACUCAUGAAGCGCGACGUGUUGACGCUGCAGAGAGAGAAGGCAGAGAAGGAGAAGGAGAAUGACAAUGUCCGAGCCAAGUUGCGCUACACAGAGUUGAAACUAAAGUAUUACAGGCAGGGCGUUGAGGAGGAGCUGCAACACCGAGCUUCCAGCACCUCGCUGGUACGAAGCUAUCAGCCCAAAUGCACUUCGGCACAGGCAGGUGGCUCCUCUGCAGGAGCGUCACCUUCGUGCUCCUCUCAGACUUCCACAGCUGAUGAUCUGCCAUCAAGCAACAGAGAAUCUCCACAGUGCAUGAAUCAGCGUUACAUCAGAUCAUGCAGUCAACCAGACGUGCAAGUGGUUAGUUCUGAACCAACCGACUGCGUGUUGGCGGUCUCGCUCCCCAUGAGCACAGAAUGCCUGGAGAGUUCCGCUCUGCUCUGUCACAUGGACCAAGAUGUUCCUCUGAGCACAGGCGGUGGAGGCCAGGAGGGCAGCUGGAGUGUCAGCAUGCAUCCAAGCUUGGACGCCACUGAUGCUGCAGUGACCCUGCCUCUUUUCCCAACUUCUGACGCUGGCCAGCAUUCUGCCACCAGCCCUCCAUCCCCUCAUGGCCCACCACAAGUUGAGAGGUCAACCCUGGCCAUCUCCACAACACAGGUGAAGGUGGAAGAGGAUCAGCAGGUGAUCUGUAUCAAGGAGGAGCCAGAGGAGGAGCAGGAAGUCAUGACGUGCUUACUGAUGGACACUCAAAUGAACCGAGGCCACCUGGUCCAGCCAGAGGUUCCGAUGUCUGGCACGCAUUGGUCAGGACUUCAGGCCGGCCAGAGAAAAUGUUCCUCGGGUUUCAGCUCAGCUGGACCAAGCUCUUCCUUUGCCACGCCUCAGACAGCUUUCCCCGCCAAUGCCCCGCUGCCACCGGGUGCUCCACGCCAGAUGGUGCGGGACUUAAGUUUGUACGAAGAGUACAAACUGCGGCGCAACGAGCUACGGCGGCGAAGUCUCAAUCGACGGCGAGAGCUGGAAAAAACACUGCCUCAGCCUCUUCUGGCCGAUCUGGUACGGGAGCGGCGAGAAAAGACCAGACUGAGGGUGGCCAAAUGGAGGGCAAAGCGGAAACUGCAGGCUUGUCUCAACCAGGUUCAGACUCAAGGUGGCGCAGUGGCUCUUUCCCAGGAUGGUUUCCCUGUCAGUGGUCCUCAGCAACACAAAGUAUCUUGUGCACCCACUUCCAGUCCUCGCAAUAACGUAGUCACAAACUUCCCAUUCGUCGCCCCGUCGUCGUCCUCCCCGCGUUGCCCGAGGGGCCCUAAUAUGGCCAACUAA